AUGGAUCCACAGAGUAGUAAUGCUCGAAACACAGAAGAUGUCGAAUUUGAAGAUGCAGAGGUCGAUACCGGACUUGAGGAUGCAGAGCAUUAUCGGAAUCCGACAUCAGGCAACAUUACCUUAGACGAUCAGACUACUGAAAGAUUGUAUAUCCCAGAGGUAGCUUCAUCAUGUGUUCCUGUUAUUGGAAUGGAGUUCUCUUCCAUAGAACAAGCAUAUGUUUUUUAUCAGACAUAUGCCAAGAAGGCAGGGUUCUCCGCUCGAAAAGGAGGUGAACAUCAUGUUGGUGGUAUUAUUAGGUCUAAGUAUUUUGUGUGUACAAAAGAGGGGCAUAAACCACAGGCAUAUGAUGAUAAUUAUUCGAAGUUGUCUAAGCCAUAUAAACGUAGGAACAGACCGACUAUUCGAACCGGCUGUAAAGCACAAAUUAAGCUUUGUUCGACGGAUGGGGUGUUGUUUAAGGUUGAUAAGUUUGUUCAAUCGCAUAAUCAUCCAUUCGUGUGCCCCAAAGACAUGCACUUAUUACCAGCUUAUAGACAUCUGUCUGAGACACAAGAAGAGAUGAUAUGGGAGCUUGGUACAUUGAAUCUUGGGCCAGUGAAAGCCUUUAAUAUAAUGAGAAAAAGAUACGGCGGGUUUGAAAAUGUAGGCGCAACUAAAGACGAUUGCAAGAAUUUUAGAGCUAGGAUACAUAGCUACAUCGGACAGUAUGAUGCAGAUAUGGUUAUCAAUAGGCUGACCGAUAAAAAGAAGUUUAUGGUUGAUUAUUCAUUCUUUCAUUCGGUCGAUGAAAACAAACGAUUAACCGGCCUGUUUUGGGCCGAUGGCUUGUGCAAACGUAACUAUGCUGAGUUUGGAGAUGUCAUAUCGUUUGAUGCUACAUUUAAAACCAACAAGUAUAAAAUGGUUUUUGUAUCUUUUACUGGUAUUGAUAAUCAUUGUCGAAAUGUGACACUUGGAGCCGGGUUGUUAGCAUCCGAAAGCAUUGAAUCAUACAAGUGGCUUUUACAAUCAUUUUUGAACUCAUUCGGUAAGCAGCCGAAUGUGGUUGUCACUGAUCAGGAUCCCGCGAUGAAACAAGCCAUCGAAGCAGUGUUCGAUAAGAGUAGGCACAGAUUAUGUAUGUGGCACAUAAUGAAGAAACUUGCUGAUAAGGUCGGACAUCAGCUGUGCAAUAACGAAGACUUUAAGAGACGUAUGUGUGACAUUGUAUGGACAGAUUCGAUUACGCCAGAAAUGUUUGAGAGAGAAUGGAAGCUGAUAAUGAUUGAUUUCGGUCUAACUGAGAAUAAGUGGCUUGAUGAUAUGUUUUGCAUGAGAUCUUCGUGGAUCCCAGCGUUCUAUCGUCAUGAGCCUAUGUCUGGGCUUAUGCGGACCACUUCUAGAUCAGAGAGCGAAAACCAUUUUUUCUGUCAAGUUGCGAAUUCUCAACUUACCCUUGUUGAGUUCUUUAACCAUUUUGACGGUGCAAUGGACAUUCAAAGAUUCAACCAUCGGAAGAAUGACCAUAUAUCUAGAAAUACAGUCCCGGAUAACUUUUCUGAAUCUACUCUAGAGGAUGAUGCCAUGAAAAUUUAUACCAGGUCAAUUUUUGCUGAUCAACAGGCAGAGUUACAAGGAACAUUGUCCGAGUGCCUUCCUAUAGAGACUAAAAUUGAGGACCCUUUUUUGAGGAUAAGUAUGAAGGAUUGGAAAGCUCACGGCGACGGUUUAUUAGAGGUAAUAAUAUAUACAUCAGCUAGUAUGCAUUUAUUGCCAAACCAUGUUUCCUUUUUAUUUUUUUUUUAUUAUUUUUUUUUGUGUAGGUAUGUUUCAAGAAGGGCGAGGAUGUAA